AUGGCUCCGCCUGCUCGAGAGAUGCCGGGUUGUAACGCAAGGAUCAAAGCUAGACCCGGUUCGAAGCCUGGAUAUAGCAGUGAUCGCAAUUCGCAGCAAAGCAGCUCUCCUGCCCUUUUUCCGAACCCGAUCGACCAAGGCGCAGAUAGGGAGCAAAGGAAGAGAAAGCAAGGGCCACGGACGGGCCAAGGCACCAAACAGUUCAACAACAACAGCCAGCAGCAGCAGCAAAGAAGGAACAGCUCGAGUGCCGACACCAGAGUGACUGCUGGAGAAGCGAAGGACGAGGGAAGGGUCGGAGGAGGAGAGAAGGAGUGA